GAAAAUUCUAAUCUUGUUGACGCUUGUAGACGAUAAACGUAAUGGUUUAGUUCAACUGAUAGCGAUAGCCGAAUUGCCUUCGUUGAGCAGAAUUUUCUGCUCCUGUGGGCUAGUUUAAAUGAUUGACGUAUGAUCCCGAAUUUCUUUUUUAUCCGCUAACAUGAUUGCCGGCUAUAGUCCCGAAAUCCAAGCAAUCUUUGGCACUUUGUUUACAUGGGGUCUAACAGCAGCCGGCUCGGCUCUGGUGUUUCUCAUGAGUGGAACCCAGAGAAAAUUUUUAGACAGCAGCCUUGGUUUUGCAGCUGGUGUGAUGCUCGCAGCCUCUUAUUGGUCUCUUCUUGCUCCUGCUAUUGAGAUGGCUGAAAGCUCAGGAAUGUAUGGAGAAUCAGGAGAAUAUGCAUUUGUUCCUGUUGCUCUUGGCUUUUUCUUAGGAGCCUUAUUUGUUUAUGCAGCUGAUCAGAUUAUGCAUUACUUUAAAAUUGGAUCAACAGAAUUAAUGAUUGGUAUGAAUGUAGAGUGCAAUUCAUCUCCAGAAACAAAACGAAAAGGGGUUAAACAUAAUUCUGGUUCACACAAUUUGAGCAAACCCUCUAAUGAUGGUUUGACCAAAAGGAAAGCCAGAGUGCCAACUGGGGAUGAAGAAGAGUUAAUUUUAGGUUUAAGCAAUGAAGAUUAUAACAAGCUUAUUAAGCAAUCAGCUGAGAAAUGGAAGCGAAUUCUUCUACUAGUCAUUGCCAUAACAGUCCACAACAUUCCUGAGGGACUUGCUGUCGGCGUAGGUUUCGGCGCUAUAGGAAAAUCUCCGAAAGCAACUUUUGAGAGCGCGAGAAACCUAGCUAUUGGAAUCGGGAUUCAAAAUUUCCCUGAAGGACUGGCUGUUAGUCUUCCUCUGCGAGGAUCCGGUGUCUCAGUGUGGAGGAGUUUUUGGUACGGACAAUUGAGCGGAAUGGUCGAGCCUAUAGCCGGCUUAAUUGGUGUAGUAGGCGUAUCUUGGAUCGAACCACUUUUGCCUUAUGCAAUGGCGUUCGCAGCCGGCGCCAUGGUCUACGUUGUCUGUGAUGAUUUGAUCCCCGAAGCUUCCUCGAGCGGAAACGGAAGACAAGCUUCGUGGGGAGCGAUUUUCGGCUUCAUUUUGAUGAUGUGCCUCGACGUGGGACUGGGCUAAGCCCGACGAAACACUUGUUCAAUUCUUCAGCAUUCGUUUUUAUCGUUUCCUUUUUUAAAAACCAAGUAUUCUUGUUUAUUUUUGUGUUUUUUUAAAAAAUGUUGUUACAAAACGAAAAAAACAAGAGAAACAAUGAUGACUAUAUUUUGAACUCUUGACCAUCACCAUAUUUUUGAAUAUAUGUUGUCGCCCUUUUUUGGGUCUAUUACUGUUUCCUCGUGUGGAUAGUGUGUUCUUGAUAUGGAAGAAUGAUUUAAAUAAGACCCUGGUUGUGGCAAA